AUGGGGCGCUACAUGUCCUACACUCUCGAGCAGAUUGCUCCGGUGUGGAAGGGAGCGCUACGCGUCUUUUCGCCGUCGCACGCCGCGCAGACGGCGACGCGCAUGCCGUCGCGUCCGGGCUUUGUGCCGGAACACUAUGGCCUUUCGAGCCGCGGAACGCGCCUGGGCAACUUUGCACUGAUGCGUGCGCGCCUCCCGCGUGGACCCUCGCUGGCACCGUCCAUGCGCCAUGGGCCGGGCCUUCAGUCUGCACGCUCGUUUUCGUCGGGACCCCAAGGCGCACGACUCUUUGAAAACAUGAUUACCAAUGCCCCGCUCGCUCUGCGUGCGGCCGGCUGCGAUAUCGACAAGGACUGGAACCGCAAGGCUACGCAUGCCACGCCGGCGUUUGCGUAUGCGAUGGAUGCCCAGCGCUGGGGCUUGCAGUGCUCCCAGCGCGCGCUCGAGAUGGCCGUCGCCUCGGCGAACGCUGCGAUGGGCGUGUGGCACGAAAAGCCCAAGGCCGCCGUGCCGGAGCGUAUCCAGACCGUGGAAGAGUACACACCGAGCGCAUACGAUCUCGACCUCCUGUUCCCGAUGCCGGUCACGUCGCGCCCGAGCUCAAAGCUGGUCACGACAAUGCACGUCCCUCUCGAGCCCGACAUAGGCAGCAUCCUCGAGCGGGGUCAAGCGGUCGAGACGUAUGCGUCUUUGGAGGAUUCAUGGACUGCAACGGGCAUGCUGGACAGCACCGUACGCGAGAGGCUCCAUGCGAUUCAUGCAGCCUACAGCGCACACGAGCAGCGGCUCACCGCACUCGAACAGGUGCUGCGCGGCCGUGGAAUCUGGCCCAGCGACCUCGAUGUGUCGGCUAUGCUUACUUCGUCUAGUCUACGUCAGCCGCUCGUGCUCGAAAUCGAGUUCGAGGGGUGGUCGAGGGACGAGGUGCAGCGCAUGCUUGAGUACCAUCUUGGCUCGUGCGAGUGGUGCUCCUUGUCCGAGACGCGGUGCGAGCCGGAUCUCUUCUAUGGGCCUCCGGAUGCACCGAAUGCUGAAUUGGAUAUGCUCGACGCUUAUCUCUAUGGCACGGAACAGCGCCGCCGCCGCAUGCAGAAUGCCGUUUAA